GACAAAUAAAGACGACCAACAGUCUGAAUACUCGAGCCCAUUCUGAGGUGGGAUCAGAACACAUUCCAACUGUUGGGCAUCAUCUCUCUCUACCUCUACUCUACCAUCAUGGCAGACUACAAGCUUUCCGCCUUUCUCCGCGGCCACGAAUCCGAUGUCAGUUGCCUAUCACCCCGCGUCAACGCCAUGGUUAGACCAUACUAACUCUUCUCUCCUUAGGCUCGCAACGUUAUUUUCCCCAACUCCAAAACCGUCAUUUCGGCUUCAUAUGAUGGCACUGUCCGAUCAUGGAAACUGUCGUCCGAAAGCCCUCCAAUAUUCGAACCUACCAUCUCCUAUUUCGGAUCAUCCUAUGUCACCUGUCUUGCGUUCCUCCCCCCAAGCCAACAAUAUCCCGAAGGUCUGAUAAUUUCUGGCGGUAAAGGCCAGGCAAUUGACUUGCGCCAGCCCUCGAAGACUGCAGAAGACCAAGCGGAGGCUACGCUUUAUGGGCACUCUCAUCAGGUUUGCGCAUUAGCUGUUGACCCUGCCGGGAAGUAUAUUGUUAGUGGCAGUUGGGAUGGAUCAGCAAGAUUAUGGCCAGUGGGAAAAUGGGAUAGCCCGUCUAUUAUACAACAAAAUGGGAAAGCAGGUAAAAAUAAUGACGUUGAUAUAAGUGUGCUGGCCGUCUUGUGCUAUGAUUCUGAAAGAAUUAUCACAGCUAGUAUGGACGGUAUGAUUCACAUAUACAUCAGUAAUGGCGUUGGUGGCAAAUUAUCGAGAUCAAUAUCGACUGGUUCGGAACCUCAGCGAGCAUUAUGUGCACUGAAAAACCACCCAACUGGAGCUGACUUUGCAUCGGCAGGCAGUGAUGGGAUCAUUCGACUUUGGCGAAUAUCAGGACAGCGAGUGGGAGAGAUUUUUGCUCAUGAAGAUUAUAUUUUUUCCCUGGAUUCUUUGCCAUCUGGAGAGAUAUUCAGCGCAAGCGAAGAUAAGACUCUACGGAUUUGGAAGGGAUCAGAUCUUGUCCAGACCAUCACACAUCCAACACUCUCGGUAUGGUCUGUAUCGGUGUGUCAAGAGACUGGAGAUGUUGUGACGGGUACAAGUCAGACAGAAAAAACGGGUGAUGUUCUGAGAGUCUUCAGUCGUGAUUCCAAGCGGAUAGCAGAUGCUGAGACAUUACAAGAGUUUGACGACUCGCUCAAAGAAUGGGAGAAGAAGGAAGAAGAGAAGAAGAAAAAGGCUGCCGGAGAAAAAUAUCCAGGCCCUAGGCAUUUGAAGACAACCCGCGGCACCAAAGAUGGCCAGGUGAAGCUGAUUCAAGAAUAUGAUGGUUCAGUCCGAGCAUAUGCAUGGAAUGCUAGUAAGUUUGGAAACCUCUAUAGAUAAGGCGAAAACUGAUAUAGUUGAAGGCGAAUCCAUUUGGGACUUGCAAGGAAUCUAUAAAGAUAGUCCAGAACAAGUAGAACAUAAGGGCAAGAAGUACGACUAUAAAGUGGAAGUCGAAACCGAAAGGCAAGGUACACUUUAUUGCGCAGGCUACUUUCAUGAAGAUCCCGCAGUAGUUGCGGACAGAUUUUUGAACGAAGCCCAGGUUACGGGAGCUGGAGAUCGUGAGGACUUUAAGAAAAAUUUCGUGGACUCAAUCAAAGAAAAGUAUCCAGCUGUACGAGCGAAAUGUAAAGACGUUGAGGAAGAAAAGGCUGAGGAGGCAGAAAAGGGAAUGGAGUCGGCUCGUGCGAGGAUUGAUACUCGCAGACAAUUCAUCAGAAUCAUGGACACCAAAACCGAGAACAUUGAGAAGAGCAUCAUCAAACUGAACAAGGCAUUGAUCGACAGCGGCAAGAAGGAUCUUUCACUGAAUUCCAAAGAACUUCAAACACUUUUCGCUUGUUGUAAAGCUAUCGGAAAACUACAACUCGCACACUAUAAAAGUACCAAGGAGACUCUAGAAAUCUGCGUCAAAAUCAUUACCCAGUGGCCAUAUCCCGAUCGCAUGGCAGGAAUGGACCUCAUACGUCUCAUAUCUGGACAAUCGGAAAGCGCCACUUAUCGUGACAGUCAAGAUCAAGAUAUCAUCAGCAUUCUAAUUGGUUCUUCCCAACAGUCAAAUCCCCCAAACAAGAACUAUAUCAUGAUGACCAUGCGAGCGGUUGCCAACCUCUUCGUCUCCGCCCCAGGAGUUCUUCUCGCCAAAUCACAGUUCCCCAAAUACCAAGCACUAAUCACCACCACCCUAGCCGAUGGACUUGAUAAUCGAAAUCUUCUCAUUGCCGUCACGACAAUCUACCACAAUCUCGGCGUCGCCUGUCACGUUUCCAGCGACAAGGAAACAGCACCAUCUCCACAAGUCACUCGUGAAAUCCUCACCACACUACCGAAAAUCCUCCAAUAUAAUGACUCCAAGAACCCCGCAGACUCAGAGGUUGCUGCCAGAGGGCUGAGAGCCCUGGCUACGCUGGUGAGUCUGGGUGGUGGGGUGAAGAAUUCGGCAUUAGAGCUUGGAUUGAAGGGGGCUGUGGAGGAGGUCGUGAGGAGAUUCCCUGAGUCGAGAAUUGUGGAGCUGGGGGUGGAGUUGAAGGAAUUAAUUGCGAUGGGGGAUGGGGAUGUGGAGAUGUUGGGAUGAAUUGGGGGUAGGGGCUUUAGACAAUGACAAUUUGGGACGCGAAGGGUGGAGAGGUGAUGAAUACGUCUAUUCCGUGGCUGAUACAUGAGUAAAUAGGUGUGUCGGAGUGAUGAGCGGUUCAGAAGAACUAGAACUAGAAGCAGGUCUGCUCUGAUGAAGUGAUGAUAGCACUCUCUAUAGAUAUCUAAUCCUCAUAUCCCUCCUCUUCUUCUCGUUGAAGUAGACUUGUCCUUGUAGGUAGCUGGGAGACCGGGAGACUGACCGGACAUCACAUUCGAGAAUCCGAG